GAUGCGGGGUUUUGCACUCUAGCCUCCGUCUCCCUUUCCCCCUCGCACCACGAACCACGCUUUAAUCUUCCAGGCCCGACAGUCACGGAAACGGGGAUUGUGUAAGAAGCUCGGGAGGAGCGGCCCGCGGCCUGAGGUCACGUGAUCCGAGUCAGGGUGAGGUCAGGCUGAGACUCGGAGACGGGGAAGAUUAAGAUACUGUAAAGGGUGAGAUUCAGAGUGUCUCGUAAAAGAGACACGUAAUAUUGCACGCUGAAUAGUUGGACAUAAUGUGUCAUGACCAAUGCUCAAAGGUGUUUAUUUUCCACUUAGUCGAGAGGAGUUAAAAUGAUACUAAUAAUUAGACGCUGGUUUGCCUCAUUGUUUAGACUAGAAUGAGGUCAUCUUGACUCUUUGGCACUAACCUAACGACAGCCUUGAAAGCUGCUCAGAUUGUCAGCGUGUGUUUGGGCUGCAGCGGCUGGUUAUCGUGAAAAAAAACCCCGCCAAUCAGCUUUUGGACAAACGCAGCGCGAUGUUCAGAGCGGAGGGGUGGGAGGAAAACACGAGCGCUUACCCUAAAAGCCCAGUUUGAGCCUAACAAUGAUUCCAACACAAGGCUCAAGUCUUCGUGAAGGCGCUUUUAACUGAAAUCACAAGGAGAAAUGCUGAAGAACCAGUUGGCCGGGCGUCGCAUCGCUGUCUUCACUCCCGUCUCAGAGCUGCCUGGAACUACGAGCUAAGCACAGUGUGAUCAUUCUACACCAGGAGGAAUGCCAGCUCCUGAGCAGAGCCCAAUGACGGAGGAGGGGCUUCUGCUGACCAUCUGCAACCGUUCAACUGGCCGCAACAUGGAGGCCGACAGCACCGCCAACAACAUCCUGGCCUCGGUCAAAGAACAGGAGCUCCAGUUUGAACGGCUAACCAGGGAACUGGAAGUGGAAAGGCAGAUUGUGGCCAAUCAGCUUGAAAGAUGCAGAGUUGGGGCCGAGUCGCCAGACGCCCGCAGCAGCAGCUCCUCUGAGAAGUCCCUGCCUUGGAGAACUGCAGAUGCCUCAGCCGCGGGGGACACCAAGUCUCGGUUGAUUGACAGCUCCCGGUCGCCCAGCUACCGCAUCAGGACCGAGUCGGAGCAGGUGUCUCUGUACUCCCCGGAGCAGGCCUCCCACCAUGAAAGUGAGGGGUCCACGGGAAAUUCGCGUAGCUCAAAUCAGAUGAACUCGUACUCGGACAGCGGCUACCAGGAUGCCGGCAGCGGCUACGUCAGCAGCCAGAACCUGGGCAAGGCGGAGCUCAGGAUGCAGCACUCGUUCCCUGGCGCCGGCACUGGCACCCUGGGGAGGAACACCAGGGCCGAGGGCCAGGCUUCAGCCCAGGUUGCGGCAGUGACCACAGCCGUGCCCGGCCGUGCGAUGCGCAGGGUGAGCUCGGUGCCUUCUCGCUCCCACUCGCCGGCCUACGCCAGCGGCCUGUCGCCCUCGCGCGGCUCCCUGCGCACCUCUGUUGGCAGCGGCUACGGCUCCCCCGUCGUGACCGAACCGAAACCCCUCUCCAGCAUCUUCUCCACCACCUUGCCCUCCGCCCAGUGCGCCGCCGGCAACAACAACAACGGCGGCGGCGGCGGCAGCUCGCCCUACGCCACGCAGAAGAACUCCCCCGCCGCCCUGCGCCGCGUGGGCUCCGCGCACUCUCGACCGGGGGGCGGCGCCGGCCGGACGACCUCGCCUUACCAGGCCUCGGCGGGGUCGUCGUCGGGCCGCGUGGGCUCGCCGCUGACGAUGGCGGAGGGCGUCCACCCGCCGCUGACCAAGCAGCCGAGCCACUCGUCGUCGUCCCCGGUGAGGGCUACGAUGACCGCCGUGCCGCAGCACCUCAGCUCCACGCUGCCCCGCUCCGUGCUCCACAGCAACGACCCCUACGGGCCCCAGAGCUAUGACAUUUACGAGAGGAUGACGCGACCCGACAGCCUCACAGAUGACCUCGUUGAUGAUGACGUCCAAGGAAUACGGAGCUCUUACGCCAGUCAACACAGCCAGCUCGGCCCGGACAUGAGGUCGGCCAUGUCCCCGGACCGCCACAUUGCUCCAAUCUACGAGGAUCGGACGUUCCAGGGCCCGUUGUACCGCAGCCCCAGCCACCCCCAGCAGGGCACCCUCUACAGAAGCACCUCAGGUGUGGGGAGUCUCCAGCGAACGCCCAGCCAGCGCAGCGCUAUGAUCUACCAAAGAAACAACUACGCUCUUAACACAGCAGCCAACUACGGCGACCUGUACCGCUCGGCACAGUACCGCCACACGGAUCCCAACUACACCCGCCAGGGUUCCGCCGCGGACGACGCCGCCAACCGCUCGCCCUCCAUAGACAGCAUUCAGAAGGACCCCAGGGAAUUUGCUUGGCGUGACCCAGAGCUGGCGGAGGUGAUUCACAUGCUGCAGCACCACUUCCCCUCGGUGCAGGCCAACGCAGCCGCCUACCUGCAGCAUCUGUGCUUUGGUGAAAAUCGGGUAAAGUCUGAGGUGUGUCGACUGGGAGGAGUGAAACACCUGGUGGACCUGCUGGACCACAAGGUCCUCGAGGUCCAGAGGAACUCCUGUGGCGCUCUGAGGAACCUGGUCUACGGGAAAGCUAUGGAUGACAACAAGGUCGCUGUGAGGAACGCAGGAGGAAUCCCAGCUCUGCUCCGCCUGCUGAGAAAGACCGUGGAUGCAGAAGUGAGGGAGCUCGUCACAGGUGUGCUGUGGAACCUGUCGUCAUGUGACGCCAUCAAGAUGACAAUCAUUCGCGACGCCUUAACGACCCUCACCAACACUGUGAUCAUCCCCCACUCCGGGUGGAGCAGCUCCACCUUCGACGACGACCACAAGCUGAAGUUCCACUCCUCCCUGGUGCUGAGGAACACCUCGGGCUGUCUGAGGAACCUGAGUUCAGCCGGUGAGGAGGCCAGAAAACAAAUGCGCGUUUGUGAUGGCCUGGUCGACUCGCUGCUCUACGUCAUCAAAGCCUGUGUAAACACCUCCGACUUCGACAGCAAAAUUGUGGAGAACUGCAUUUGCACUCUGAGGAACCUGUCGUAUCGCCUGGAGCUGGAGCUGCCGCCUUCCCGACAGAUAGGGGGGCAGGAGCUGGACGGCUUACUGGCCAGCGAGUCGCCCAGCAAGGAGGUGGACUCCGGCUGCUGGGGCAGGAAGAAGAAGAAGAAGAGAAAGAGCUUGCAGGAAGACACGUGGGACGGUGUGGGACCCAUCCCCGGCUUCUCCAAGUCCCCCAAGGGGGCGGAGAUGUUAUGGCACCCUUCGGUGGUCAAACCCUACCUGACUCUGCUGGCCGAAAGCUCAAAUCCCGCCACUCUGGAGGGCGCCGCUGGGUCCCUCCAGAACCUGUCAGCUGGCAACUGGAAGUUUGCAGCGUACAUCCGUGCGGCAGUGCGCAAGGAGAAGGGACUGCCCAUCCUGGUGGAGCUGCUGCGCAUGGAUAACGACAGGGUGGUGAGCUCCGUCGCCACCGCCCUGAGAAACAUGGCGCUGGAUGUCAGGAACAAGGAGCUCAUAGGAAAGUAUGCGAUGAGGGACCUGGUCAAUCGUCUCCCGGGGGGCAGCACCACCCUGGUGUCUGACGAGACGGUGGCAGCCAUCUGCUGCACCCUGCACGAGGUCACCAGCAAGAACAUGGAGAACGCCAAGGCCUUGGCCGACACGGGGGGCAUCGAGAAGCUGGUCAACAUCACCAAGGGCAGGGGAGACAGGUACUCCAUGAAAGUGGUUAAAGCAGCUGCUCAGGUGCUGAACACACUGUGGCAGUACCGGGAUCUGCGUACCAUCUAUAAGAAAGAGGGAUGGAACCAAAACCAUUUCCUCACUCCGGUAUCCACACUUGAACGGGACAAGUUCAAGUCCCAGCCCACCCUCCCCACCAGCACCAUUCAGAUGUCCCCAGUCAACCACCCUGCUGCCAGUGCCACGUCGUCCCCCGCCAUGCUGGGCAUGAAAGAGCAUAGAGACACCAUCAGAGAUUACCAGAGAGAACAGUCAACUAUGCAAUUUUAUAAUUACCAAGGGGACAACACUAUCCAUAAAAACCAGUAUACAGGGUCUGGAAAGCCUUCUCCAUAUUACUACUCAUCCCCCACGAGAGAGGAGCCCAGGAGAACACAGCCUGUGUAUUAUUCAGAAGAGGCGAGCAGGAGGAACUACGACACGUACAGAAUGUACCCGCAGCAUCCCCGCGGCUACGACGACCCGUACUUGGAGGAGGUCGCCGGCUACCCGCCCGCCGCCGCCGACUACGGCUCGCAGCCUCACGGGCUCAAAUCCGCCACCAACUACGUGGACUUUUACGCUAGCACACUGAGGCCUUCCUACAGGGCGGGGGAGCAGUACCCCGGCUCCCCUGACUCCUGGGUAUAGGUCUGAGGGGCGCCCCCCCCCCCCAACUCCCCUCCCCACGACCUCCCGGCAGCGGAGCCUGGGGAGCACACAAGGGCCGAAAAAGAAACUUUUUCUUCACAAAGUGUUUGUUUUUCAAUGUGAAUGUGUGUGUGUGUGUGUGUGUGUGCGGAGGUGGAGUUCAGCUGAGCGAUGGCAGAUGGAGAGACGGAAUGUGCGCCAAAGAAGGAAAUCAAGGAAUGUGGUUUUUUAAGUUAUUUUUUUUUUAUUAAGCGGAGGAAGAUGGAAUCAUGCUGUCGGGGGACGACACCCUACACCGCGGCGAGGAGACGUGCGUCCUGUCUAGACGUUAGUUUUUAUCUUUGUGAAACUCGCAGCUGUGAUAGCAUGCUGAGAGGUGUGAGUGACGUGAGCGAGGGUCCGCGGGAAGAGUGAAGAUGGGGGAAUGUGUAUGUGCUGAGGCCAAAAUGGAUCAUGAAAUCAUAUCUGUUUAAAAAAAAAAGAAAAA